CUGAAGAUGGCCUGAACCAGAUACUUGGCGUUGAAGAUUCUUUGCUUCCUCAUCAUGUAACAGCAAGUCGUCACAAGCUAAUUUCUCUUAUCCUACUUGGCCUGUGGAUUGUGAUGRKWGUCAUCUYCCUCACAAGAUUAUCUUACAACAAGUUCUUUCUCCUCAUGUCCAGCUCAUUUUUGGUUCAUUCCAUAUUUGGCCCAGUUUGGUGUGUACGACGGCUAGCAUUUCUCAUUGGUUUAUGCAUGUGGRUUGGCUCUCUUGUUGCMAACAAACCWAUCCCAGCAGCUAUUGCUAUACUGAUUCUAUUUCUUUUGACGGGAUUGAGAAAAUGGAGAAAGCAGUUGGCUAAAGCAAAAAGUGCAGAAGAUUUGAUGAAUUUCAACAGGACCAUGGACCAGAGAAUGGACAGCCUUGAGAGAAAAGUUGAUGUGAUUCUUGCAAAAGUGGAGUUCUUGGUGGAUAGAAUCCCAGACAGAGCAAACUAUAAGCAUGCAUAAGAAAUGGGAUCAAAAAUUAUUUUGAAUGAUUGGAGGUAUUGGUUAUUGCACUACAGAUUACCUCAAGCCUCGGUCAGA